AUAAAAAUCGAAUAAAAUUCCAGAUAUACAGAUCUUUAUAUUUUCCUUCCCGAAAUAUUAAUUAAUGAUAAUACUCAUGUUUCUUUAAUAUAAUAUCUAUUACAAUGGAUAAUCUAUGGCUUAAAAUGUGCUCUGUACACGUUGGUUUAUAGGUUACUUGUGCUGCGAAUGUUUUUAUUCGAAAUUGUCUUUACAACAAAAUGUUACAAAAUAUGUCAGAUAUAGAAAAUUUAUUAAAAUUGUCAAUAUAAACAAUUCUAUUAUUAGAUAACUAUUCCAAUCGAGAUAAUGUGUAAUUGUUUAUUGUUAGAUUCACAAGUGUUUUAGACUUAUAGUUUAAAUUUUAGAAUUUUUAGACUGUGAAAAAAAUGAAUAAAUUUUCAAUUAUCGAACGAAACAUUCGGUCGCAGCUACGACGCAUGAAUACGAAUGCUGCAAGACAAAAACAAACUCCGACUGAGUAUUGCUUACAAUUAGUUAGGAAAAGUGAUUAUGAAAAUUAUCUCUGUACGCUACUACUACCACACAGUAUUAAAUCAGCAGCAUUCGCUAUACGUGCGUUUAAUGUUGAAGUGGCACAGGUGGAGGAUCAGGUGAGUGACAGUAGGAUAGGCGCGAUGCGAUUGCAGUUUUGGACGGACGCUUUGAACGAGACUUACAACAAUAAUCCACCAAAGAGUCCCGUGGCAAUGGAGUUACACAGGAUUCUCCAGCGGUACAAGCUAUCUAAACGUUAUUUCAAGCGCCUGAUUGAGGCACGCCUGAAUAAACUGAGCGGCUCGAUAUUCGUGGACCUGGAAUCGCUCGAAAGGUAUUGCGAUUACACUACAUCGUCGAUCUAUUAUUUGCUACUGGAGGCGCAGGGGACAACAAACGUCAAAGCCGAUCAUGCUGCCAGCCACUUCGGCAAGUCGCACGGUCUGGUUACCUUGAUACGUUCUGUGCCAUAUAACGCCCGCAAACGAGCCAUGGUAUUGCCGCAAGAUGUUUUGCUAAAGAACGGCGUGUCCUCUGAGUCCAUCUUUCAGGGACGGUCGAGUGCCGGAUUCAAAGAUGCUGUACUCGAAGUUGCAUCCUGUGCCAAGCGGCAUCUGAAAGUGGCGACGUCACUUAAAAAGACAGCAGAAAAAGAUCUUAACGUUCUAUUUCUACCAGGGAUUUGCAUUGAAAAUUAUUUAGAGGAGCUAAGGAAAGUAGACUUCGAUGUUUUUCAUCCAAGGUUACAGAGAAGAAACGGUUUUCUUCCUUUACAGUUACUGUGGAGAAAAAUGUGGUCUUAGGGUGACUUCGAUCAGACUCCGGUUAACUUAUUAAUCUACAUCUUAUUCUAUUUCAACCAACAUAGAUUAACUUUAAUUUUCAACUUUAACUUUUUGUUUUUCUAGUUCUUAAAAUUAGAAAAAGAUAAAAAAUUAAACCGAGAUUAAAGUUAAUUUACAUUGGUAGACAUUAAUUAGUGAGUGAUUCAACCGACAGAAUUAUUGCAAUUAAUUUCUAACUAUACAAUUUGUUGUUCCUAAUUUCAUCUUUCUUUUCAAUUAAAAAAUAAAUUUAUUAUGUUAUCUGUAUUAAGAAUUAUAGGCAAGCUCGCUCUUAGAGUAAUUUUGUUCAAACUUUAAUUAACUUGUACUUUACAUUUUGAUAAUAGAUAAAUUACAGUUUUCGUUAUUAUACAGUGAAAUUUUGUUUCAAAUAAUUUUAUCGAUUAAAUUAAUCGUUGACUAAGUUAAAAUAGGAGUUUGGUCGAAGUCGCCUUUAUGUAUUGAUUAAAAGUUGAAAUAUAUUCAAAAUAAUGUACGUU